AUGGGAGGAGGCGACAAAUUCUCAAGGAGGAAGAAGAGGACGGAGCAAGUCGUGAGCUCCUUCAAGGACUUCAACUUUCGAGCGGCUGUGCAAGAUGUCUUGCAACGAGGUGACGAUGCGAUUCAAGAAGCUGAGAUGUCGCUGAGGUACAAUGACGUUGAGAGAGCGAUGAAUGAGCUCAGGCUUGCCCGUCAAGAGUACGAUCAUGUCCAGAGAACCGCAACAGGAUGCUCUCCUCGCACAGAGCACAACUUGAGCACGUGUGCAAGGUUGUCGCUGUCAAGGAUAAGAGAGCUGGAGCGGAUAACUAACGAUCGGUUGUAUGAGACGGCGCAAGAGAAGAGGGACGGGAUGCAUCAUUCCCCAGCAAAGUCAAGCACUCCCAGCGUAAGAACGCCUUGCGAUUCUCCUCGUGCUAGUGCCCACGGGCAUUCCUCAACUCUGUCGUUGCAGAUGCUUCCUGCCUUCAUGGAAGAAAGUGAUUGGACCUCCAACGAUUUCCACGUGCGACCUAACUGGUCCGUGCCGAUGCCGAGUGAGCAUGAGAGGGUGAGAAAGAUGGUGAGGAGAAUGCGGCAAGGCAAGAUGGGCAAGUCCGUCUACGAGGAGCAAGUGAAGAAGGCUCAUGUGGAAUCGAAGCAGGUGGCGGCAAACAUGACUGCAAACAGCUCCAAGGUCAAGAGCCAGUCCUCGUCUCUCCUCCGCUGUUUUCCUCUCAGAGGGCAAAGUGAACCAGUGGUGGCAGCAGCUGCAGAUACUGAGGAGGAGAGCAAGGAGGACGACAACUUCGUGCAUGCUGAGGAGAGGAAGGAGCCUCCCCGAUGGGCAGUUCCUCACCGCCCGUCCACGAGUUCGUCCCCGAUGCGAAGGAUCAACUUCUUCGACCUCCUUGCUAGUCCCGCUGCCAGCAGCCCCGUGGCCACGGGCACCCGCGCCAUCCCAUCGACGCCUGUGAAAUCAAGAGGAAGCGGCGGGAGGAACGCGGGAGGAGGAGAGAAGCGCUACGUGAGGGCCUGCCAUCUCCUGCCGCAGGGUGACUGA